ACCACCUAUCUAUGGUUGGCACCAAUAUAUAUACACGCUCACCCUCCAACACUUCCCCAAUAUUUCAUUUGUAGAAAGUUAGAAUAAACUCCCCCACAAGAUUAAUCAAAUUAAAUCUUCAAAACCCAGAUCAAUUGUACUCAUAGAUAGAAUAAUAAUGGGUAAUAGCUUAAGGUGCUGUUUGGCUUGUGUUCUUCCGUGUGGAGCACUAGAUUUGAUCCGCAUAGUUCAUUUGAAUGGCUAUGUUGAAGAGAUCACAGGUCCAAUCACAGCCGGGGAAGUUCUGAAGGCAAAUCCAAACCAUGUUCUAAGCAAACCAAGCUCUGAAGGCGUGGUUCGCCGGAUUUUGAUAUUGUCGCCGGAGACGGAGCUUAAGAGGGGAAGCAUAUAUUUCUUGAUCCCGGCAUCAUCGCUACCAGCUGAUAAGAGAAGACACAUGAAUGGCAGCAGUUGCAAGAAAGGAUCAUCUAUCACCAAAAGUAAUCAUCAUAAAGAGACUUCUGACCACAGUAGACGCCAAAAUGUUCCUAUUCAAAAUGAAAUUGUUUCUAAAGACAAAAGAUGUUCUCGGCGAAGAGAUCGCCGGAGUAAUGGCGGCCGCUCCGGGAGUUGGCAGCCGCAUUUGGAAAGCAUCUUGGAAGACUUGUCAUAGUUUUUUUUUCUGUCUUUGAGUCGCUGGCCGGUGCCGGAAUCUGGGAAAACGGUUCAAUUCUUGGAUAUUGUCAAAAAUAUAGUAACAUUAUCCCUUUUUCAUGUAUGUCUAUGUGAGUAAUUU